UAAUUUAGUCUUUUGUCAGAUUUUUUUUUUCUGAGAUAGAGCUUCAAAGAGCUGGGACAUUUUAUUUUAGGAGUCUUGGUUGUGCCCGUCUUUGAUCCAACCAUUGGAAUUUAUUAAGGAAUUGACAGUUGGGAGUUGCUUGGAUUUGCAAAGGAGGUGUUUGUGUUGGGGGGAGGGGCCGAGGGGGUUGUCUGUCGAUUGAGGGGUUUAGAGAUCAAUUCGGACGCACGGAAGAACAAGAACAUUGCAGCUGGGGAGGUUCUGACUUCUGAAUAAGGGAGGUAGCUGGAAGAUGUUCAGGUGAGUGAGAAAGUAAUGGAUAAAGAGAUAUGUGAUCGGCAGGGGGUCGUUGAGAAUUCUUUGUCGAGUCAGACUGAUCCAGCUCCUCAGACUGUAAUUGUGAUAGCACCUGCAGAGGAUGAAAGUGCAAAUGGAGAAUGUGGGGGUUCGAAAGCUAAGGACAACGUGCUGGAGACGAGUAAGGUGUCUCUUGAACUGGAGAAGCAUACAUGUGUCAUCGGUGUUAAAUGUGGUGGAGAAUUCAGCGGUGAAACUUGGGAGGGAGAGAAGGCUUGUAGGAUCUGUCAUUUGAGUUCUGUCUCAGAUUACCCGUCCGAGGUUCCUUCCGAUCUUAUCACGCUCGGUUGCGGUUGCAAAGGCGAACUGGGCAUUGCACAUCGUCACUGUGCUGAGGCCUGGUUUAAGUUAAGAGGCAACAGAUGUUGUGAAAUUUGUGGAGAGACUGCCAAAAAUAUCACAGGUGUGGGGGACAACAAAUUCAUGUGGGAAUGGAAUGAGAGGAGAUUGGGGGCUAGAAGUACAAACUACUCUGGUAGGAGGGGAUGCUGGCGGGGACAGCCACUUUGUAACAUCCUGAUGACAUGCUUGGUAAUAUCCUUUAUACUUCUAUGGUUUUUCCAUGUAAGUAUGUUCUGAUACUACUGUGAAGAAGACAUUGGAGCUUGUCAUGCAUCAUCAAUAUGCAAACUUGAAUAUUGUGCAUGAUUGCACUGUACAGUGUGUGGUUCAGUAUGGUAUGCUGUUAUUCAGCCCCAACAUUUUAAGGGAUGUAGUGGAUCCUGAUCCUGGCCUCUAAGAAUUUAGAAUUGAUUUCAUCAACUGUUACAACCCCAGAUAGCAAUUCAUAUAUUUUUUGAUAACAACUCAUAUUAUUAACGUGAACUUUUUGCAAACUAUCAUUGCUUUGGCUGCAGUGAA